AUGCAGCAAUCACCACAAUCGCCCGACCGCCAUGCCAUUGUAUUUGGCUGCUCCGGCAUCAACGGCUGGGCCCUAGUCAACCAGCUGUUAUCUGACUAUCCUGCCCCUGGUACCUUCUCCAAAGUCACCGCUGUUGCGAACCGUGCGUUCACACCCGAUGAGGCCCAGUGGCCAACAGACGACCGUCUCCAGGUCGUCUCUGGCGUGGACCUCCUGGUGGGCGACGAUUCAGUGCUGGGGAAGACUUUGACGGAGAAGAUCCCUUCCGUCGAGACGAUCAGCCAUGUUUACUAUGCGGCAUAUCGCGCCAGCGAUGUCCCUGCAGACGAAUGCCGUCUGAACAAGGAGAUGCUUCGUGCCGCCGUUCGGACGCUGGAGGCGCUAUCGUCCAAGCUGUCGUUUGUCACGCUCAUCACAGGCACUAAGGCAAAUAACCCUGGGCCCUACGCUUACGGCGUCUACUUACUCGACAAAUUCCCUUUCCGGGGCCAGGUCCCCUUGAAAGAAGACCUUCCCCGCGUACCCGCGAAAUACGCCAAAGACCUGUUUUACUACCAUGAAGUUGACCUUCUACAGGAGCUAUCCACCGGAAAGCCCUGGUCAUGGUGUGAAGUCCGUCCGGACGUGAUUGUAUGCCCCCAUACUGGCGUGCAUCUUGUCACUCUAGAGCGCGCACUAACCAGUCUCCAGGUUGGAGUUGCCCCAUUCGGCAAUGCCAACUGCAUGGCUCAAACUAUGGGUAUAUAUCUCGGUCUCUACCGGGAGCUUGAAGGCGAGGGCGCGCGGGUCCCUUUCCCCGGUAACGAGACCACCUGGCGGUUACUGUCCACAGACUCGAACCAGGAUAUCAUCGCCCGGUUCUGUAUUCAUGCCUCGAUGCAGCCGCGGGAGAAGGUUCAUGCCCGCGCGUUCAAUAUUGCCGAUAGUGCCAGGCCCGUGUCGUGGUCGGAGCGGUGGCCGGCCCUAGCGGCGUUCUUCGGACUGGAAGGCGUUGGACCAGACGAGUCCAGUCUGCACCCGACAGUGUAUAUGGAUCAGAAUUGGGAGAAACUCCAGGCACUGUGUCAGGAUCGGGGCUUGAAAGAGGACGUCAUCUACCGCAGCAUGCACAACACGGGAGCUCGGAUGGGGAGUCUGCGGUUGAUGGACUUUGAUCGGCCAUUUGACUUGACUCGCGCGCGGGCGUUGGGAUUUGAGGAAGAGAUGGACACAACCAUGUCGUGGCAUACGGCCUUUGAUCGGGUACGAAAGGCGAAGAUUAUGCUCUAGUCGACUCUGAAGGCAUCCUGGGGGUAUGCAAGAAGUUUUGCGAGUCAGUGACAAGUCAAUUAGAACAUGUCUAGAAUGGCAUCGGGCCUGGUAACCUAGGCACAGAAUAUUUCCAUAUGAAAUGGUGAAGGAUGGUGAGGAUAGGAAGGAUAACAAGGACGACACGUAGGCAGAAGCGAAGGCAAGCUGCGGGUCAGGUGACUGGUCUGCCUCAGGCGAAGGGACCCAGGCCGGGAUGCCAAUUCCUCUUCCAAGGCCUUGGACGCUGUCACUGCCUCGACAAGACCAGACGCGGAGCCUGGUGCAACGGCGGCCUACGACUGGGUGACUACAAAAUUGAUGCUCAUGACCUUGAUCGAGUACAAUAGGUUCCCCCUCAGAGGAAAGAGACAGUCUAUAGACUGACUGCAUAGUUGCCAAUUAGAUCGCCUCUGCUGCCGGCCGCUUCUUGAUUGUCAUCCACAUA